CGUAGCACGUAGUGCAAGUGAUUGUGGUCGGAGCGGAUCAAGGAAAUCUGUAGCGAGCAUCGCAGAUAAACACCCUGGAGAGGUGUGAACUCGGCGAGCACACAGCUGUCAAUAUACCAAGACAACAAUAAAGAGGUCCGACUGGGUCCUUCUCCCAACAAGGCUCAACAUGUCUGAGACAUACGACUUCCUGUUUAAGUUCCUGGUGAUUGGCAGCGCUGGAGCCGGUAAAUCCUGCCUUCUCCAUCAGUUUAUUGAGAACAAGUUUAAACAGGACUCCAACCACACCAUUGGUGUAGAGUUUGGUUCCAGAGUGGUGAACGUUGGUGGAAAGACAGUCAAACUGCAGAUCUGGGACACCGCUGGGCAAGAACGAUUCCGUUCAGUCACACGCAGCUACUACAGAGGAGCAGCUGGAGCACUCCUCGUCUAUGACAUCACCAGUCGGGAGACGUAUAAUGCCCUGACAAACUGGCUGACAGAUGCACGGACACUGGCAAGCCCCAACAUUAUCAUCAUCCUGUGUGGCAACAAGAAAGACCUGGAUGCAGAUAGAGAGGUGACUUUCCUGGAGGCCUCACGCUUUGCUCAGGAGAAUGAGCUGAUGUUCCUAGAGACUAGUGCUCUGACGGGAGAGAAUGUCGAAGAGGGUUUCCUGAAGUGCGCUCGCACCAUCCUCAACAAGAUAGAUUCAGGUGAGUUGGACCCUGAGAGGAUGGGUUCAGGUAUCCAGUACGGAGAUGCGUCGUUGAGGCAGCUGCGACAGCCGAGGGGCAACACCACACAGAAUAAGCAGCAGUGUAAUUGCUAGGGGUCGGAGCCCCACACCCACCCACAGGCCCAUACAGACAGGGCACCCCCUACAGCACCAGGUGUUUUUUGGUGUGUGUGUGUGGACCUCCUUUCUACCGUGUCACACACCUUGGAUCACCUGGAUGAGUGGUCAUGGAGACCACUGCAACCCCUGACCUCUGGUAAGAGGAGCCACUUCUUACUCGAGGGGUUUAAAUCUUUGCACCUGUGUCUGGACAGGGAAACCCCUCGGUGUAAACGCACUGAGAUGAUGAAGACGAGGAAUCCUCCUCCUCAAACAUACGUCUCUCAGUCACGGGUUGUGUGUAUGGGCUGCCCUAAUGUUGUUUUAUCCCUGUUAUUUCACCCUGGUUUCGGUAACAGCUACUGCUUUUUGCAUUUGCACGUCAUCUGUUGUAAAUUAUUCUUUUUGUGCAUAUUCACUGUUUAGGCUAUCCAGACGGGAUUCAUGAUUAGUUUGACCCACACGUUUAAGUUUUAACAUUCAUGAAGGCAUGCAUUGACUUUUAGCUUUUUGUUAUCUAUUUAAUUUACUGUAAUUCUCAUAAAUUCAGUUUUUUUUUUAAGUUAGAAACAGUUGAAAUUCAAGUUAACCUGACCAGAUUUUCAAAUCCUAACAAGUGUUUCCAUGGUUUUUGGCCACUAAUACUUCUCAUCUGAUCUGGAAAUGAAAUCAGUUAGUCCACACUGAUGUAGAACCCAGGAACCUUUUCCUUUUUUUUACUUAAGUGCAUUGUUAUGAUGUAGAGUAUUAGCCUUAGUGAUAUACUUUAUAUUGUGGAUCUACAGUAUAUUGUUUCCAGUGAAAAGUCACUCCAUUUUUGAACCAUAUAUGACAAGUCUGUAUGUCAGGUUGAAAGCACAGAAAAUGAGAAUUGUUGCUCUUAAUUUUAAUCCAAAGGCCCCAAAGUCUGUAGAGCUGUGUCAUCAGAUUUGCACUAUGUCAAAGUCCCUGUGUCUCUGAUCCCAAAUCGGUAUUUGCGAAAACAUUUUAUUUCUCCAUCUGCUGGGACAUUUCUCUGUGACAUUGUUUGGAUUCACACCGCUCUUCGUGCACAUACUGCAUAAGGGACAUCACAGGAAACCACAGUUGGUUUUUCCCUCAGUGCCAUGUUUAGAAAGCCGUGCUGCCGCCCACCCAGUUCCCUCAUAGAGCCCUGACAUUUAAUCACAAAAGGCUGUAAAGGCAUCUUGAUAAUAGUCAGGAAUCCGAAUUUUAACCUGCUGUCGAGCACAGAAUUGGCUCCACUCUGCCGUAAAAUAUUCCCGACUUUGUCGAGCCAACGCAGAUGUUUCAUCCUCCGAGCAGAGAAUGCGUCCCCCCCCAAAGACAAACAGGGAAUUUCCUUUCAAACAUGGUUACCUCUCUUUGUGUAACACUGACUGUAUGGUUUUGUGUUGCCACUGGAUGAGAAUUGACAUUGCCCUACUGUUACCAGUAAAAGCACUGCUUCUGUCUGAACCACUGAGAGCAGUUCACACUGAUGCAGCCAAGAGGAGAUCAAAACGGACGCAUUUCUCAUCAGCGCAUGCGUGCGUCCUCGCAGACCGAACCUCGUGUGAGUCAGCACACUGAAGGGAGAGACGUGGUGAGUUGUGCAAACACGAGAGAAUAGGAUUUCAACAAACAGAUGGCAUAAAAAAAAAUUUCAAUAUUGGCAUUGUGUGAGUUUGUCUCCCUCUGCAAGUGCACUUUUACUUUUUAAUAGUUUUUUUUUGUUUAUAUGAUGUAACUAUAGAACUGUACAUUUUAUUUUGAACUGUAUACUGAAAUAAAGAUUUUAAUUGUAGAUGUAAUCAUAUCUUACUAAACAACAACUGAAAGUCUUUAAUUUUCCUUUCACCCGCAGUCACAGGGCUAAAGACCGGAGUCUGAAGUCUGAAUUGUUUAUCGUUCACGGUUGAGCUUUGUUACCAACUCCAAUCCUGUCCAGUUCUGUCAUCGUCCACAGUCGACCCAUAUAAAUAAUUGGAUGCCCUUGCGUUCAUUUGUAUGUAUUUAUUGUACAGGUUAUAGUAAGUGCUCACCCAAAAUAGCCAUAUGAUAAAACAUUAUUUUCUCAUUUGUGUGUAAAUGCACUCCAACUCGGUUGUUGCUUAGUAUCUAAUGUUACAUAUUAGACCCCAACUACCAACGACUGUACAUUUCAAGCAACCUAUGCUGUAAAUACGAUUUGUCUAUUGAGUGUUGAUCAUUUAUUAUUGAUUAUGCAAAAUCCCAGUAAACUGCUUGUUUUUUCAA